AAUUAAACUACUUCGUACCCAAGUUAAGUCACUAAGCAAGUCUUCAAAAUGCCUAAAUGGGUCUUCAACUGCAACGCCGGCGUCUUCACCCCCGCCGAAAAGAAACAAAUCGCCGAGGGCAUGACCAAGAUCUACACCAGUGUCGGCCUGCCCGCGUUUUACUGCCACACGCACUUCAUCGAGCUCGCCCCAGAAAAUAUUUACGCCGGCGGCGAGACGCCCAAAGCGUUGACGACCGUCUCCAUCUAUCAUAUUGCACGAGGCUUCGAUACCCCACAGGUCGAGGCCUUCUUCUUCAAGGCUCUUGAUGAUGUGUUGAGGCCUAUCUUGAAGCCAAAGGGGAUUGAAUGGGAGUCUGGGAUUUAUGAGGCGAGGAGGGAGUUGUGGAGGAUCAAUGGGCUCGUUCCGCCUGAUACGGGGUCGGAGAUGGAGAAGAAGUGGGCAAAGGAUAAUCGGGUUACGGACGAGGAGGACUUAUUGAAAGUUCAAAGGCUUUCUAGGCUGUGAUUUGCACAGUCAAUAGUCGGUGAUCUCGGUCUAGAAGAUGAGCACCACUGAUAUCUACCUACGUUAUCUUGGAAUCUUGAAAAGCC